AUGUGUGGUCUUAUUGAUCUGUGUGGACUGGUUGAAACUGAGGAGAGGUUGGAGCGACCGGUCCAGAGUGGCUUCAUUUCUGGAUACCUAUUUUGGAGCGAUGUUGGGUCAUUGCCGAAGAUUGAGCGUUCCACUCUUACCGGAAGCAGCCGUAAAAUCAUAGUGUCUCAGGGUAUAGCCUAUCCAAUAGCUUUGGAUGUGGAUAUCCAAUCAUCAAAGCUGUACUGGGUUGACAGUUACCGUAACUCUGUGGAGCGAUCAAAUUUAGAUGGUACAGAACGAGAGAUGAUUAAAAGAUUGGUGCUCUCGACAUUUCUGGACAUACAAGUCUUUUCCGUUCAUCACUGUGCAAGCAGUCCCUGUGAGAACAUAUGUGUGAGCGAAUCUACAAGACCCGUGUGUCUGUGUGCGGAGGGUUUUGCGUUGAAUUCAGAUGGACGCACCUGUUCUGCGACUACUGGUUCCCUUCAUCGUGCCUUAGUCUGGGCUACAACAACAACUUUAUGUGCUGCUGAUAUACGAGGGAUUCACAACGAACGUGAAUACAUAACGUCUAACAAGACAUGUUUCUCUAAUGUUGGAUCAAACAUAAAUUGGAUAACAGUCGAUUCUCACGAUCGAAAGAUAAUCUUUGCGGACGGCAGUGACAUAUUUGCGAUGACAUUGGAUGGAGUUCAUACAAAGAAACGUAUUACAUCAGCAACGGAAACCGUGACUGGCCUCGCAGUAGAUUGGGGUGAUAAGAACGUUUAUUGGUGCCAAGGACAACAAUCUGGAACUGGGAAAAUAAACGUUUUCUCGCAAACAACUACAAACAUACAAACGCUUAUUUCAAGUGGAUUGGAUAACCCAAAAGCUCUUAAUAUGAUUCCGUUACUAAGCACAAUGAUAUGGAUAAAUGGGAGAUUAGGAAGCUAUCAGAUCAAGAAGGCUCAUGUCCAUGGAACAGAUAUUCAGACGAUUGUAAGCUUUAUGGACUUGUUCGAACCUCGAGACCUAACUGUUGAUGCAGCUUCCCAAAGACUGUAUUUUAUUGACGGUAACUCUUUCAAAUCAGUGCAGUUAGAUGGAUCUGAACUGACAGAAGUAUACGUAUGGGUUGCUUACACUAUUCGACCUCUAAAACUUCAUUCAUACAAGAAUAACCUUCUUGUGGCUGACGAUGGCUUUAAUAUUGAUGUUGUGCCCCUGACAGGGACAGGGAGCGCAUCUCUUAGAACUCUUGUAUCAGUUACUGAUAUAUGUGUUGUUGAUAUCAACGAACAGCCAAAAGAGAACGGGGUGUAUCGUGCACACCCCGACCGACUGGCUCUUGACUACAGUACGGGAAACAUUUACUACACUGCUGUGAAAACGAGUCAAUUGCCAGCAAGUUUCACCGGAAUCGGAGUUGUGUCUCCUAAUGGUCACCAUAGAAAAUUGAUCUCGGGAGGUGUUUAUCCGAGAGCAGUUGAAAUUGACCCAAGCAAAGGGUGGGUAAACAUAUACAAACAUUAUCGAACACAAGACAUAAAAAUUGUUGACUUUUUUGCAAAACCCACAUAUCUGUUUUGGACCGACUAUGGUACAACACCUGCAGUAUUAAAACGCGCCCACACAGACGGCACCAAAAUUGUAACACUGUUUACAUCAAUGAAAUGGCCUAACGGGAUUGCCAUUGACAGAUCGGCAAGCGCAUUAUACGUUACCGAUGGCUAUACAAACAUAAUCUACCGCUGUGGGUAUGAGGUGAACACGUGCGAUCAAUACUUUAAGGACCCUGAAUCUCAUCUCAUGGACAUUAAACUUCUCGGAAACUAUCUCUAUUACACUGCUUGGAAUAAAGUGUACAUAACUAAAUUGCACAAAACUAACUCAAGCGACAUCGCUAAAUUCGCAAACAAUGCAGAACUCGGCAGAUUGGAUUCCAUUUCUUUGUACUCUUCAACCUUUCUCCCAACAAAUAUCCAGUCACAAUGCAGCAGUAACAAUGGACGAGGAAACUGCAGCACGUUCUGUCACCCAACACCGAACAGCUUCACGUGUGGGUGCCCUGACGGAGAGCAAGUGCAUCUGGAUGGAAAGACAUGCCGUAGUGUCUCGUGUCCGAUGCGUGAGAUGCAAGAGGACCGGAAGGUGUUUACAUUCUCGGCUACACGCAUUGGAGAGAGGGGAUACAGCUGGGAGAGAUGUUAUCCAUGUAAAGGCUUUAAGUUAUAG